UUAAAACCAAAACAGCAUCUUAUCAGGUCUGCAGCGGCGAGCCGGUACUUGUUGAGUCCUAAGACGCUCGAUCAAAGAGGCAGCGAGGGGAGGUGAGAGGAGCAGGAGGAUGUGACAGGGCACAGGUCCUGUGCGACGUCCGCAAUUGUAUAUGCUCUUUGAUAAACAACGGGGAUACUCGCGAGCGCCUCUUCAUUCUCCGCGCGUCUUUGUCCGGUUUGAGUGACCGGCUGAACCACCAGCAGAGUGGCAUGUGGGUCAACUCUGGAACCGUCGGAAGGGCCCUCUCCAUGGAUAUAGACACAGACUAUGAGCGGCCCAAUGUGGAAACCAUUAAAUGUGUGGUGGUAGGGGAUAACGCAGUAGGCAAGACCAGGCUAAUCUGUGCCCGGGCCUGCAAUGCCACCCUCACACAGUAUCAGCUGCUUGCCACCCACGUGCCAACCGUCUGGGCCAUCGACCAGUACCGUGUAUGCCAGGAGGUGUUAGAGAGAUCUCGUGAUGUAGUGGAUGAGGUCAGUGUGUCCCUGAGGCUAUGGGACACAUUCGGGGAUCAUCACAAAGACAGACGAUUUGCCUAUGGCAGGUCUGACGUAGUGGUGCUUUGCUUCUCUCUGGCUAAUCCCAAUUCCUUGCGCCACGUCCGCACCAUGUGGUUCCCGGAGAUCAAGCACUUCUGUCCCCGGACGCCCAUCAUCCUGGUCGGCUGCCAGCUGGAUCUGCGCUAUGCCGACCUGGAUGCAGUAAACCGUGCACGACGACCCCUAGCCAAACCCAUCAAACCUACAGAUAUCCUUCCUCCAGAGAGAGGCCAUGAGGUGGCAAAGGAGCUUGGGAUACCCUACUAUGAAACCAGCAUUGUAGCCCAGUUUGGAGUCAAAGAUGUUUUUGACAAUGCCAUCCGAGCCGCCCUGAUCUCCCGUCGACACCUGCAGUUCUGGAAAUCCCAUCUCAAAAAGGUCCAGAGGCCCCUUCUCCAGGCGCCAUUCCUGCCUCCUCGCCCACCACGCCCAAUAGUGGGCAUCCCAGACCCCCCUCCCAUGGACGGCGAGGGCCCUGAUUCCCUUUUCUGCCAGCCACUGUGUGCAGAUGUUCUUUUCCUCCUGCAGGGUGGCACCACUCGCGUCUUUGCACACAAAGUCUAUCUGGCUACUUCCUGCUCCAAGUUCUACGACCUCUUCACCCUUGAUCUUGGUGGAUCAUGCUUGACGCCACGGGGGGAGGAACAGGAGAGCAAGGAAAACUUGGAGAGUGGGGAGGAAGAUGAGCAGAGCAGGAGAGGAGCCAAGGAGCAAGCUGGGCGCACUAAGAGCCUGGACAUUGAUAAAGAUGGCGUUGAUGGAGGAGUGCGGGGCCUGAAUCGACCCCAGUUGCUCCAGCAGGGCUCUUUGAGGACUUCCCAGAGUGAUAAUGCACUCCCGUCUCGAGCCCAGUACUCGCUGGGAGCUCUAGGGACUGGUCGAGCACUUUCAGGAUGGGGGAGAGGGUUCUUGAGUGUGUGUCUGGAGCAUGUUGAUGAUCCGAUGACUGGACGACCACGACUCGUGACUGUGGUAGCCAUGGAUGCGCUUAUACAGGAAGAACCAUUCAAGGCGGUGCUUCAGUACCUGUACACAGGCAGUCUUGACGAGGGCCGGGGGGAUCUGAUGCAGGUGGCCACCAUAGCUGAGCUACUUGAGGUGUUUGACCUGCGGAUGAUGGUGGCCAAUGUUCUGAACAGAGAGAGCUUCAUGAACCAGGAGAUCACCAAAGCCUUCCAUGUCCGCAGAGCCAACCGCAUCAAGGAGUGUCUCAACAAAGGGACCUUCGCUGAUGUGGUGUUUCGGCUGGAUGAUGGCUGCCUCCCGGCCCACAAGCCCCUGCUCAUCUCUAGCUGCGACUGGAUGGCUGCCAUGUUCCGUGGCUCUUUCAUGGAAAGUUACAUUGAAGAGGUAUCCAUUCCUAACACCAGCACAGCCUGUAUGCGUGGGGUGCUGGAGUUCCUGUACUGUGGUCUGCUGACGCCCUGUCCUGGUUUGGAGCCAAUGGAACUGAUUGUUCUGGCCAACCGGCUCUGUCUGCCACGCCUUGUUGCUCUCACAGAACAGCACGCUGUGGAUGAUCUUCUCCAGUUGGCAGUGAAAGGAGUUGACAUUGAUGGACAGGUGUUGGCUUACCUCGAGCUUGCACAGUUCCACAAUGCCAAGCAGCUAUCAGCUUGGUGUCUCCAUCACAUCUGCACUAAUUAUAAUAGCAUCUGCCGCAAGUUUCCCAAAGACAUGAAGGCCAUGUCUCCAGAAAACCAGAGGCACUUUGAGAAGCAGCGCUGGCCUCCUGUGUGGUUCCUAAAGGAGGAGGACCGCUAUCUGCGCUCUCAGAAGGAGCGCGAGCGUGAGGAGGAGAUCUUGCGCAAGCAGCACACCAAACGGGGCUGGUGCUUCUGGAGACACCCGUCCUCCUCUCCGCAUGUCUCCUAAAGGGUGUCCUCCGCUGACGUUUUCAUCCUACCCUGGGUCAACACACCCAGGAAAACCAACCCCUAUGUAACGCGUAUAGAGGAGAUCGGCUCUGAACCCUCUAUCAGUGGAGGAAUGACUCUCAGUGCUACUAUGCCUGAGUGUCAGCAUGUUUGGGGGAAUGUAUGUGCCUCUUUAUAAUUGUGGGUGACUUAAUGAGUGGAUUUUUUCAGUAUGCUUGUGUGACAAGUGUGGACUUAACUAAAGGGUAUAUGCAUGGAUGUGGGGGUGUAUGUGUGCGGUUCGAGUGAUGCUUUCUGAGUUGAGUGCUUCCCAGACGCCCUGAUCUAUUAAGGGCCUGUGGCGUUGCAGUGCAGCCCCUUGUCCCCUCCACAAGAGCUCUGCCCCUCCACCAGCACUCACAGUGUCACAGCCUUUGAGUGAUUGGACUGGGAGCAAGGGCUCUCUAUAUCUCUCAGUCUCCAUCCUUCACAUUGACCUUAAUGACUAUUACACAUUGACCACUGCAGCUCCUCUCGGGGAGCUUACCUCUGCCUUCACUUUUACACAGACUGUUAGCCUGCACACACAGACCUGUGCCCAAAGUCCACCCCUCUAAAACCAGCAACUGGAUUCCCAGGAACUGUCGCUGACAAUGUAAUUAUUAUUAUUUUGAUAUUAUUUGUCCUUUUUAUAUAAUCUCUAGGCCUUCUUGGACGCUAUUGUCAGGGGAUUUGGUGCACACUACUCCCAGGAAGUGUUGACAAAUUUGAUGAUUGCCACUGCAACCACAAAGGUGGGACUGGUAAUCUAGACUCCAGACAUGGGUGUGAGGAUAAAUUGAAAACUGUUAGCAAGGUAGGAUGCUCCACUCAGGAGGCUUGAUCAUAGCUAUUAACCUCCAGUCUAGCCCUGAUGUGGUCCUUGGUCUUCAUCAUCCACCCCUGCACCUCCCACCCCCUCCUCCUGCACACCACACCUGCAAAAAAGCAAAACACAAGCUCUCCUCGAUGAGUUGGAUUCACCAAACUGCACUUCAGAGACAUUCAAAGUGACCACUCUAUAGCAAUGAUGGGAGGUACAGAGGGCUAGCCUUACUUGAUACCUCUGCCACGGAGGAACGAUGGAUACAGUAUUAAACAAAUGCGCUUGUAACGUCCAUGACCACUAGGUUGCGUAUGAGCACCUCUGCCAGCCUGCCUUUACACCCCUACAACACUAGGGGCAGCACUGCUCAGGGCCCCGGCACUAACCCUCACACUAACAGGAGUUUUAAUGCCUGUGAGUUCUUUGGUCUAGUUUCAGUUAUUAACAUCAUAGAUAUAACUUCAAUACUCGCAAAGUGUUAGAAGAAAGCUAAAGCACAUGGACAGUGUUAUUAGUGCAUUUAAAAACUAUACCUGACUACUGAUUUCCACCUGAUUCUGAAUACCAAAGCUGUGAUUCCUUUGAUGUCUUUCUUCCUUACCUUCUUCAUUUCUGCUUCCCUGCUUCCUGUAUUGUCAAGAGCGGGAUGGAGGAGAGAAGAAAAAGUGGCUUGUGGGUGAAGGAGGCAGUAUAAUGGAAUAUUUGAGUCCCUCCUCGUCAUGGUGGUUUUCAGUCUGUGGUGUCAAGAGACAAGUGUCACUGCUGGACAUUGCCUUCCAUUCCUCUUGCUGGAAUUGAAAAUGGUGCUUAAGACACAAUAAGACAGUGUCCACACGAACACACAGACACACAUAUGAUUUUAUGUUCACAGUUUAAGCGUAUGUCUAGUUGUUUAGCAUUUACCUGCGAUGAACAUGCAGAAAUAUAAUGAUGAGUUUUAAAACCUUAAUUUUUCUUCCUUAACAGAGGACGUAAUAGGUCACUGGUUUUAGAAUGUGUAGAUUUCUGCUUUUACAUACAGUGGUUACAACCUUGUACUGUCUUUUGCCUCUUUUCUGUUUAAAAAAUGUGAUCUGUUUUGCUUACAUAACGUUAACCAGGAAAAUAACAUUACGUUAGAUUGAAUUUUGCAAUCGCGAGUGUUGUCUCAAAUGACAAAUUUGUUCGAUAUACAAAAGCAUAUGAGAGCAAAUCUGAUUUUCUUGCUAAGGGUGCUAAUUUUCUUUGGGCUUUAGUACUGAAUGUGAAAACAAGACGUUGUGUUGAUGACUUUCUAUUAGCAUGUUGUUCUAUUUGUGGGUUUGUGCCCCUCAGCUUUACCCAGGCUACUGUAGAUGAUAGAUAGAUUGUGUGAGACAUGUGGUGUGUUCUGCUGUUCUCCAUGAGAGGUGUGUUAAAGUCAUUGUCAGCUACUGAAAUAGAAGUCAGAUAAGAUCUCAUGAGACCCAAGUGAGAAUUGAGCUGAUUCCGCUCUGAAAAGAGUGAAUGUCAAGUAAAAGUGAACAAGUCUCUGUCAGCAUUACAUGCAACCUACAUAUGUUGGAAUUAUUCAAUGGAUAUUUAAACUCAUCCCAGUGCAGGGCUAUGGGAAUUUAGAAGUGAGACCUAAAGAAGAGA